GAGGAGGUCGUGCGAGGAGGGUGUGUUGUCUGGAGACAGGUGCGAAGCUUGAGCAGGAGGGAGCUUUCUUCCUGGCUUGUGUAAGCAGAGAGAACAACAGAUCGUUUCAACUCAAAAGCAUCUUAGACUGGAAAACUUUCCACUGUGCUGAAACACUUAGGAGACAGAAGAUUGUUUUUUUCCCCUUUCCUCUCAUUUGAAAGGAACUGAAGAAAUAAAAUGGCAGAGGUUUAAAGUUAACAUUCAGGAUGAAUGAUGAUACUUCAGAUGACAAGAAAGAAGACGAACUGCAAUCCUUAUUUAUAAGAGAUAAAAAUGGAAAUAUAUAUGCAUACAACCAAAAAUCACCAGCUAUACCGAACUCUUCAACCGCUUACGGGGAUUGGAAUUCUGCCAGCCCAGACGCCAUGGUGGUCGAUUUGGAAACGGAACCUGCUGCCGAGCCUGGUGAGAAUAUUUCCUUAAACCAUCAGCAUGUUGGAGUACUCAGUCACCGGAAGUCUUCAGGUGGUUUUGUGAGUGAGCAGGCGUUAGGUAUGCAUGGGGAUCCCACAAGUCCAUCUCCGGGGCUCGUUCAUGCAGAGGAGCCUGUGUACCUCCAGGGCAGCUGUCCUUCCCUGGGAGCAGACCGGGACCAGAGCGUUGAGCUUCCUCUGUCCUGCCCGUGGAAGUCUAAUGACCAUUUCAACUGUCCGGACCACCCUCCGGCCUUGGAGCUAAACCAGACAUUUGACAUGAAAGUGGAUGCUAACUGCACCUUCACAACCCAUCAGGCCGUGGACGAGAGUCAGUCUUGGUCUCCCACCGAGAGUCUGCAGCCACCCAGUCUGCGAAGGGGAAAUGCAUCUUUAUCCCAUUCUAACUGGGCAUCUUCUCACUCUGACAAGACGUAUUUAAGAGAAACUAGCUAUGACAGAGGGGGAUUUGGGGCUGCUCAAGCCACGCCAUCAGAGGGCCCAGAGACGAGUGACACUGCGUUUUCCGAUGUGGUCAUGCAAACCGAGGUGGUUGUUCCAGAUACUGGAGAUCAGUGUCCGCGUUCUUCAGGGAAGGUCACCAGCGAAUACACAGAUGGGUCACAGCACAGACUUGUUGGAAAAAAAGAGACACCAGCUCUCACACCAGGUUCUGAUGGCGUGGAAGUCCCCAGGGGGUCUGCGUUACAAGAGUCCUUUUGUUUAUCUAAAGAUGAGCCGAAUAGUAAGACACAUUCACAGAGCGCAUAUGGGAGGAAGGAAACGGGCCAAAAUCGAAGAGAAACAGGGCCUAAUUGUCUUUUUGAUGAUGAAUGCCCAUUUCUGGUGCCAGCUUUUGAUAAAAGUAAAGCCCAAGGGCUGAACUCAGAGCGUAAUGUCACUGUGACUGAAGACACUCCGGUCGCCUCUACCGACAAGGAUUCAGGAAUCCAAGACCGUACCAUAGAGUUGAUAGUAAGCAGCCCGCCGGGACAGAUGGUGGUUUCACCGUUGGAACUGACGUGGGACACAAACGACAUGCUCACUAGUGCAGAGAACACGGUCCUAGUGUCCACCCCAGUCCUGGAGCCCACGAGUGCCAGCUUUUCUGUCUCACCCAUCCGAAGGACAGAGAGAUGUCAGAAAGUGGGAAAGAGCCCUCGAGAGCUUAACAGUUUACCGAACCCCAAGGGGACACCUGCGAGUACGUCUAAACCCAGCCUAGGAAAAUCGAGCACCAAAGCGAAUACCUCUGUAGGCAGCAAAGUUAGGAAAACCGAAAUUAUAAGUUAUCCAAGACCAAACUUUAAGAACGUCAAAGCUAAAGUCAUGUCUCGGCCAGGGUUGCCAUCCAAAGACCCCGCGUCAUCGAGGGUCCCACCCAAACCUCAGCUGACCGGCCCCUCUUCCCCCUCCCCGGGGUUCCCCUCCAGACAGUUGACAGUGUUGAGCAAAACACUGAGAUCCGACCUGAACGCAGACACGAAAGCCGAAGUCCUCAUGAACAAGACGCACAAGCAGCAGUUGAAUAAACUCAUUACCAGCCAGGCUGUGCAUGUCACAACUCAUUCUAAAAAUGCUCCGCACCGGGCGCCAAGAGCAACGGCUGCCAUGAAAUCGAAUCGGGAGGAUGUUGACCAGGCAGGUUCUGCUAAUUCGGCCUGCGAGGCCGGGUCUGUAGCUGCGCUUGUUCAGAUCAAAGGCGUCCUCCCCGUUAAGAUGGAAAGCGCCGAGUGUUUGGAAGUGACGUAUGUUCCCCACAUCGAAAGGAUUAGCCCUGAAAAGGAUGAAGAAGAAAAUGGAGCACCUGUGGAAAAACAGGAGCCAAAAAAGGAAAUUAUGAAUGAGACUUUUGAAUACGGGUCUCUGUUUUUGGGUUCUGCUUCCAAAACUUCCACUACCUCAGGUAGGAGUAUAUCCAAGCCUGACUCCUGCAGUUUGAGGAAAACACCUGGCCCGAAAGGCAAAGUAGGGCCUUCUGUUUCCUGUUUGAGGCGGAACAGCGAUAGUAGAAAUCUCAAUUCGGAUCGAGUCUUAUCUCCCCAGAGGAUCAGGCGUGUGUCCAGUUCUGGAAAGCCCACAUCGUUGAAAACCGUACAGCCGUCCUGGGUGAAUCUGUCUAGACCACUUCCUAAAUCCAAGGUGUCUUUGAAAAGCCCUGCACUGCGCAAGACAGGGAGCACCCCCUCCGUCACCAGCACCCACAGCGACCCGAGCACCUAUAGCAAUAAUUCGGGGCCUGCUCCUGCCAUCAAGUACGAGGAGAAACCUCCCAAACCAGCUUUCCAAAAUGGUGCCCCAGGGUCCUUGUAUUUGAAGCCUUUGGCAGCCAGGGCUCACGUGCACUUGCUGAAAACGCCUUCGAAAGGUCCUCCAAGAAAAAAUCUAUUUACAGCUUUUAAUGUGGUUGAAAAGGGCAGGCAGAAGAAUUCCAGAAGCUUAUGCAUCCAGACCCAGACGUCUCCAGAUGUCCUGUCCUCCGAAAAAACACUGGAAUUGGCUCAAUAUAAAACAAAAUGUGAAAAGCAAAGUGGAUUUAUCCUGCAGCUCAAGCAGCUUCUUUGCUGUGGAAACACCAAGUUGGAAGCAUUGACGGUCGUGGUUCAGCACCUGCUGUCUGAGCGGGAGGAAGCUCUGAAACAACACAAAACCCUAUCUCAAGAACUCGUCAACCUCCGGGGAGAACUAGUCACUGCUUCAACCACCUGUGACAAGUUGCAGAAAGCCAAGGAUGAGUUACAAAUAGCGUAUGAAGGAUUCGUGCAGAAGCUGAACCAGCAGCACCAGGCCGACCUCUCAGAACUGGAGAACCGGCUUAAGGAGUUCUACACCGGGGAGUGUGAGAAGCUGCAGAACAUCUACAUCGAAGAAGCUGAGAAGUAUAAAACGCAGCUGCAGGAGCAGUUUGACAACUUAAACGCGGCCCAUGAAACCUCUAAGUUGGAAAUCGAAGCUAGCUAUUCAGAGAAGGUGGAAUUGCUGAAGACAGCCUAUGAAACCUCGCUUUCAGAAAUCAAGAAAAGUCAUGAAACGGAAAAGAAAUCACUCGAGGACUUACUUCACGAGAAGCAGGAGUCACUAGAGAAGCAAGUCAGCGAUCUGAAGAGUGAAAAUGAUGCUUUAAAUGAAAAGUUGAAAUCGGAAGAACAAAAAAGAGUAUUAAGAGAAAAAGCAAAUGCAAAAAACCCUCAGGUCAUGUAUCUGGAGCAAGAAUUAGAGAGCCUGAAAGCCGUGUUGGAGAUCAAGAAUGAGAAACUGCACCAGCAGGACAUCAAGCUGAUGAAAAUGGAGAAGCUGGUGGACAAUAACACCGCUCUGGUUGACAAACUGAAGCGAUUCCAACAGGAGAACGAAGAGCUAAAGGCUCGGAUGGACAAGCACAUGGCGAUUUCAAGGCAACUUUCCACUGAGCAGGCGGUUCUGCAGGAGUCUCUGGAGAAGGAGUCCAAGGUGAACAAGCGACUGUCCAUGGAGAACGAGGAGCUGCUGUGGAAGCUGCACAAUGGGGACCUGUGCAGCCCCAAGAGGUCGCCCACGUCCUCGGCCAUCCCUUUCCAGUCGCCCAGGAACUCCGGCUCCUUCCCCAGCCCCAGCGUCUCGCCCAGAUGACACUCGCCGAGGGCCGAGAGACUGCCUGGAAGCGUCACGCAGGACUGACCUCACCGGGGUCAUGAGAGCAAGAGGCGCGGCAGCUCACGGGUCGGCCCCGCGGGACCACUGGACCGGCGCCGUGAGACUGGAACCCUGGAGGGCUUUGGGCUCGGCACAGAUACUCCUCCACAGGAUGUCCGCAUCGACACGGACGACAAUGGACGUUGUUGCACGAAGCACUUCAAGAACAAGAGAAUCUUGUUCGCUGCCUUUUUCACCUACGCGUAAGGGGAAAAACUCUCAGGGGCCUAUUAAGAUAAAGAUUUAUACCCUUUGUAAUGUUCUUCGCCAUGGACACCUUCUCGUGAUUCUCACUGUGGUCUGCCUGUGGGGGGCAGGGGUGCGGGUGACACGGUAGGAAUGUGUGUGUGGGCCCUCUUCGCUGUGUGUUAGAAGUCAAAGCCGAAGAUACCUGGAUACGUCCCAGUCAAAAACUAGUCAGUGUACACCUUUCAGCAAAAGCCAUAGAAGAAGAGCAAUAGCCACAUGACUUAGGAUCACCUCCCGCUCUGCUCGGCCAUUGACCCGAUGGGGAAGGUCCGACAGGAGCAGCGCUGACGGUCAGUGUCUGUCCAUGGCCCGGAUCUGUCUGGAGUCAUCUGUGGGCAGCUCUUCCGUGUCGAGCCAUGUCCGUUGAAACACACUAGAUUUUGCUGUCAGUUUUUGACUGCCCGCGUGAGCCUAACACAAUACCAUGACCCGUUUUCUCAGGCCAGGAGCAAAUGCAGAACCCUAAUUUUGCUAAAAAAACAAAAUGCCCGUAUAAAGAAAAAGGAUAGUACCGACGCAUCGUUCUGCCUUAUUUUCACCCUGAUGGCAGCUGUCCUUACAGGUGGAAAUUGUCAUCUUCUCUCCCGUAAUCAUCCCCUUCCCUUUCUCCACUCGAAGCCACAAAAGAAAGCCUCCCUCCCCCCCACUUUUCUCUAGGAGCAGGAUCGCGGAUUGCGCUUUUUCAGAGUCACCUCACCUCCCAGGUGCCGAAGCCACUUUCCAAACAAAAGCAGGGCCCAGGUCUGAGACUACACUUUUUUGGAAAACCUUAGAAUGAAGAACUUCCCUGGUCACUGGCUAGCAGAACUAAGAAUAGGAUCCGGUGCUCGUCGGUCCGUGGGAACCCUGGGACUGAACCUACGGUGCAGCAUUUUCGAACAGCACCGUCUGGGAGGAUGAUGCCGGGUGGGGGUCUCCUUCGAGAACUGUCUCUGGAAGGGAGCGGGGUGGGCAGCUGAGUAGACAGCGUGGCUGGUCCAGGCCUCCACAUUGCCCUGCCGUUUCCUUUCCCACCCCCACUGUCUGACCUCUCCCCAUUCUAAGGCUUUGGGAAAGGUGAAAGGAGGAACGGGGCUUCCUCCCCACCCCUGCAUGUGUCCGCAUUGUGACGUCGGCAUUUACUAGUCUGUGUAUGAUGACUGUACAGCGAGCCCUGUAGUAAGAGCGCACUCAGGAUGUCACAGGUGGGUGUUCGAGUCAUCGUCCACACACGCCGUCCAUAGCAAAUCGAUACUCAUAAUGCAUGGGUGUUUUUUAUUCGUGAUUGUGUCUGAAGUCUCUAACUUCCCACGGUUUAUUAUGUAUGUAACCGUCCCUGUUUGCUUCUGAUAAACGGGCACGUAGGUUUACUCCACCUCCUGUAUAUCUCUGCUCACUCUUCCAACUCGUCCUCAACGACAUUAGCCAAAGCUGGGUUUGCCAUUCAGCCCCUCCCUGUGGUUAAACUCAUUCUGUUCCCUGCUGUCCUCCUGCCAGGUAGGUGUCCGAGAAAGAAAUCCUUACAAACAGUUAAAAUAAAACGUUUUGCAAGAGCGGGAGACAACACGAGAGAAGAUAGGAAACAAAAUAGAGAACUUGAUGAUUUUUUUUUCCCCCCAAACCAAAUGUUUCAUGUAGGAUCACGAAACGUUGGCACGGUAUUACAGUAUGGAUGUAUAAACAACCGUAGUUGUAAGUUUGUAGUGAUGGAAAGUGUAUUUUACUUUGAUCAAAUAAAUAAUGCUGGAAUCCUCGA